AUGUGCAAACUAGAAAUAAAAAUUUUAUGGACUGUUUUAAUAAUUAUAGGUAUUAUUCAAGACACACAAGCAGCUUGGUUGAGAUUUUACAAAGGGUCUCUUUCAGAGUAUCUCCGAACUUCAUUAGAGAACCCAUUACCAAUAAUUCAGUCCUCAUCCUUCGACAAGUCCCUAACAACCGUGAUUUACACAUUCGGCUACCAAGGAAAGACCGCCGGGCCAGCUACCACGGCGGUCCUCUCCGCUUACAUAGACAAGAAGAAAAGUAACGUUAUACUCCUGGACUGGGAGGAAGAGGCGAAAAUGGGCUUGCUUGGAUUUGCUGCCAGUUAUGCGACGUCAGCUGCACCGAAUGCUAAACGGAUAGGCGAGGAGCUCGGAAACAGUUUACUCACUCUAAUAGACGCAGGACUUGAUAUAAAUAGCAUUCACUUAAUAGCACAUUCCCUCGGCGCUCAAUUGAUGGGUUACACUGGAAGAUGGAUGAGACAAAGGGGGAAGGCGGUAAGCAGAAUAACGGGGCUUGAUCCGGCACGUGCUUUAUUUGAAGGCACCUUCGCUUUCUACACAACACUGGACCGAACCGCUGCAAUGUACGUCGACAUUAUUCAUACCGACUCGGGUAAUUACGGCAUAAGUAAAGCCACGGGAACAGUCGACAUAUGGCCAAAUUACUAUGGAAAAAAUAUCAAGCAGCCCGGCUGUCCCCAAAAUGCAUCAGACAGAUUCAGUAGUGAUGACCUAUGCAGCCAUAAUCGCUCGUGGCAGUACUUUGUAGAAGCAAUAUUGUCGCCCACCAACAUCUCGGCGGUGUGCGCGGAAAACUACCAGGCCUGGAUGGCGGACUACACGAAAUGCAAUCAAACUAUAUACAUUGGAGACUUGAUUAACACGCGGGCAAGAGGCAACUACUACUGUUCAACUAAUUCCGAACCUCCAUUCGGAAAAGGUACAGAAGGACUGAAGCCAGACUACCAAGGAACUACCUCUCCCUGA